UGGGGUUAGCUCCAGAUGACAGUCUUCCCUGCAGUUCAACACAGCUCUUUGACUGAGUCUCCUGCUGCUGCCAUUCCUUUCGCCAGCCGUUCAAAGAUUUUAAAACCAUCCACCUAUGUGCUGGCUGUUCCAGAGUCCAGAGGCAUCUCAAGGAACCUGCUGCUUUUGAGAGGAGCCCCUGCAGCACAGUGUGUGGAAAAGCAAGGACAAGAGUCAACCACGGAAGUCCAGCGAAUCCACCGUGGAAGGGGAGGAGGAGGAGGAGAAGGUGACGUGAGCCAUGUCGAAUGUUAUCCUGGAGGGCAUCUUUCUAAAACGCUCCCAGCAGAAGAAGAAGACAUCCCCUCUCAACUUCAAGAAACGUCUCUUCCUGCUGACUGAGAGCAAGCUCUCCUACUAUGAGUACGACUUUGAGCGCGGGCGCCGAGGAAGUAAGAAAGGCUCUGUGGACAUUGAAAAGAUCACCUGCGUGGAGACUGUGGCUCCAGAGAACAAUCCUCCACCAGAACGGCGAAUCCCCAGAAAAGGAGAAGAUCUAAAUGAGCCAGAGCACAUCUCCAUCAUAGAGAGGUUCCCCUAUCCUUUCCAGGUGGUAUACGAUGAAGGGCCCCUCUAUGUCUUCUCCCCGACAGAGGAGUUAAGGAGCCGCUGGAUUCACCAGUUGAAAAAUGUGAUCUGCUACAACACCAACCUGGUGCAGAAAUAUCAUCCCUGCUUCUGGACUGACGGACAAUACCUCUGCUGCUCCCAGACAGCAAAAAUGGCCAUGGGCUGCCAGAUUCUCGGAGGCAAGAGUCGAAGUUUCAGAAGCGGCCGUUGUCUUCUCAAGCCUGACAAGCCUCUGCCACCAACUCCAGAGGAGAACAAGAUGAUGAAGAAGCAGUUGCCCCUCGAACCGGUGCCUGGUGGCCAGUCUAGGACGAGGAAAGUCGUGGCUCUCUAUGACUAUCUCCCAAUGACUGAACAGGACCUGGAGCUGCAAAAGGGCAAAGAGUACGUUGUCCUGGAGGAGAGCAAUGAGUCCUGGUGGAGAGCACAAGACCAGAACGGGAAAGAAGGCUACAUUCCCAGCAACUAUGUCACAGAAACAAAAGAUUCUCUGGAGAUGUAUGAGUGGUAUUUGAAAAACAUAACUAGAAGGCAAGCAGAGGAACUGCUGAAGCAAGAGGGCAAAGAUGGCGGCUUCAUUGUCCGAGACUCCAUCAGCAAUACAGGAAAAUAUACAGUCUCUGUGUUUGGCAAGUCAUCUGGGGACCCCCAGGGGAUGAUCCGCCAUUACGUUGUGUGCUCCACACCCCAGAACCAGUAUUUCCUGGCAGAGAAGCACCUCUUCAACACCAUCCCAGAGCUGAUCAACUACCACCAACAUAAUGCAGCAGGGCUAAUUUCCAGACUGAAGUACCCUGUGUCAUCACAACAGAGAACUGCUCCUUCCACAGCAGGACUUGGAUAUGGGGCAUGGGAGAUUGAUCCAAAGGACCUAACAUUCCUCAAGGAGCUGGGGACAGGGCAAUUUGGGGUGGUGAAGCACGGGAAAUGGAGAGGCCAGCAUGAUGUGGCAGUGAAGAUGAUAAAAGAAGGCUGCAUGUCAGAGGAUGCAUUCAUCGAAGAAGCCAAAGUCAUGAUGAACCUCUCACACGAGAAGCUAGUGCAGCUGUUUGGAGUCUGCACGAAGGAGAGGCCAAUACUGAUCGUCACCGAGUACCUCUCCAAAGGUUGCCUCUUGACUUACCUGCGGGACACUCGGCGGUCUCUCCAGGGCACGGAGCUUCUAGAGAUGUGCAAGGAUGUCUGCGAGGCCAUGGGGUAUCUGGAAUCCAAGCAGUUCCUGCACAGAGACUUGGCCGCUCGCAACUGUUUGAUCAGUGAACAAGGUGUUGUCAAAGUCUCGGAUUUUGGUCUCUCCAGGUACGUCUUGGAUGAUGACUACAUUAGCUCCAUGGGUUCCAAAUUUCCAGUCCGGUGGUCCCCUCCAGAGGUUCUUUUGUACAGCAAGUUCAGCAGCAAAUCGGACAUUUGGGCUUUUGGUGUCCUGAUGUGGGAGAUUUACACCUUGGGGAAGAUGCCCUACGAGAGGUUUAGCAACAGCGAGACCACUGAGCAUGUGACCAAAGGGCUGCGUCUCUAUCGCCCCCAGCUGGCCUCUGAGAGAGUCUAUGCCAUCAUGUACAGCUGUUGGCACGAGAAAGCAGAUGAGCGUCCCACCUUCCAAGUCCUUCUGAGCCUCAUUUUGGAUUUAGCAAAUGAAGACCCCUGAACGGCCACCAUCCAAUCGCUCUUUUACUACUGCUUAUUUUUGUAUGUUUGCUCCAGAAUUUCUAGAUGGACAAUGAAUGGAUGAAUCUACAUCAUGACAAAAGUAACUGGAUCUAUCAGAGAAUACCAGAUUCUUUUCGUCUGCUUCGCGUGUAAUAACUGGCUUGUAUCUGAAUUCACUGAAGUGCUAAAGAAGAUCUAACUUAUGACAGCAAGUGCUGGUUGGGUAAUAUUUUCCUCUUCAGCGGAGUAAAUCCCUUUCAGUGCAGUAGGCCUAUCAUGGCUCUCUACCUGUAACUUGAAAUGGCAUUAUAGGAUUAAAAUAAUUUUUCAAGGAUGAUAUAAUUGUUUGGAAACUUGUUUUGCUAUGAUGAAAUAAC